UCUGUCUCUAGAUUGGUUGAAUCUUCAUCAAGAAGAUACGGUCCUUUUCAGUUAGUUGAAGUGCUCUCUCUCUCUCUCUCUCUCUCUCUUUCUCUCUCUAAACAUUAUUGUCUUGAGAAGUAAGCAUUAUCUCUUCCUUCUCUUCAUUUUUUGUUCCCUAUAAACCAAAUCCUGAAUUUCAAUCCAUAAUAACCCUCCUCCGCACUCUCCAAAUCAACCCUUCUUUCCACUACCUUAAAAAUCAUUCUCUAUUUUUCCCAAUCCAGAAAUCCAAUACUUUCCCGGAAAAUCAAGCUCAUUUUCUCAUCCCUUUGUUCAGUUGUCUUGUCCUCUCUGUUUCUUGCCAAAUCUCGAAUUUCAAUCCAAACCCUCUCUACUCUCAAAAUCAACCCUUCUUUCCAAUAUCCAAUAUCCUUAAAAAUCAUUCCAUUUUCCCACAAAUCCCCACUCUCCCAACCCACAAAUCCAACAUUUUCCCGGAAAAUCAAGCUCAUUUUCUCACCCCUCUGUUCAGUAGUCUUGUCCUCUGUUUCUUGCCAAAUCUUGAAUUUCAAUCCAAACCCUCUCCACUCUCAAAAUCAACCCUUCUAUCCAAUAUCCAAUAUCCUUAAAAUCAUUCCAUUUUCCCACAAAUCCCCACUCUCCCAACCCACAAAUCCAACAUUUUCCCGGAAAAUCAAGCUCAUUUUCUCACCCCUUUGUUCAGUAGUCUUGUCCUCUAUUUCUUGCCAAAUCUUGAAUUUCAAUCCAAACCCUCUUCACUCUCAAAAUCAACCCGUCUUUCCAACAUCCAAUAUCCUUAAAAUCAUUCCAUUUCCCCACAAAUUCCCACUCUCCCAAUCAACAAAUUCAGCAUUUUCCCUGAAAAUCAAGCUCAUUUCCCCAUAUUUUCUCACUCAUUUUCCCUCUGUUUCUUGAUCUCUACGACAAUGGGCAACUGUUUCGGAACACCCAAGAAAUCAACGGCCGAGAUAGCACCGUCGGAACUCCUGAAAAGCAGACCGGUGGUCCGAUUGUACGGAUCACCAACAAGCAUACUGACCUCCUACAUCCGAACCGCGCUCCUCUACAAGCCAGUCUCUCUCCAAUUCGUCCCCACCGAAACGCAUCGUAUGGACUCCGAAACGCCGGUACUCCAGUGCGGAUCCGAGACCGUCUCGGGAUCUCGCGAGACGCUGAUCCAGUACAUCGAGUCGAAGUUUCCGGACCCACCUUUGAUGAGGAAGUGCGGGGGGUGGGAGUGUGAAACGACGCCGUUGGUAGUGAGGGUGGCAGUGUUGCAGCACAGGAGCAUGAGGUGGCACAUGGAGAGGAUGGUGAGGUGGGGGGAAGAUCUGGCGACACGUGGGGGGAAGACGAGGGGGGAUCCAGUGAUGGGGAGUCCACGGAUGGAGGUAAGGAAGUUCAGCAGAAGCUACUCGCAGUUGCUGGAGGUUCUGCUCGAGCACGCUCAGAUGGAGGAGAAAGUCGUCUUUCCCAUCUUGGAGAGGGCUGAUCGAGGAUUAUCCAAAGCCGCAAAUGAGGAACAUGCAAGGGAUCUGCCUAUCAUGAAUGGCAUCAAAGAAGACAUUAAAUCCAUUGGGGUGUUGGAUUCAGGCAGUCGUGAUUAUCACGAAGCGCUAUGCAACCUUUCUACUCGGCUCAAAACAUUACAGGACCAUUGCAAAGAACACUUUGAGGAGGAAGAAAGAGAACUACUGCCAUUGAUGGAGGCGACAGAAUUCAGUAGAGAGCAGCAAGAGAAGGUGCUGGAGCAGUGUUUGGAUGUAAUGCAGGGGACUCACUCGCACCUGUUUCACUUUUUCAUGGAAGGCCUCCUACCUCAGGAUGCAAUGCACUACUUGGACUUGGUAAUCAAAAGUAGCAACAAAGAACGCGUGGCCUCGAUGCUCCGCAUGAUUAUUGAGUAAGAUCCUUCCAUUGGAUCCUACAUCUAGACAAAUCAUUGCGUAUAUAUAUUUUUAAAUCAAUCUGUCAGUAUUAUUCUUUUAUCUUUGCUUCAAUCUGAAUCCUGUAUGUUUUUGUAAGAAGAUAGAACUAGCAUUUUUUUGCGGUCUCUCUUAUCAGUUACUUAUGCCAUAUGAAAUGAGAUGGCAUCCCAUAUUAUUCUUUUAUCUUUGCUUCAA